AUGUGGAUCCCCUCUUACUGGAACUUCAAGUUCAGGUUGGUGGGAGGAGCCAGUCGCUGUGCAGGAAGUCUGGAGCUGAAAGUUCUUGGUGAACAGAGACCUGUGAGGAACGGUGGCUUCACCCUGAAGACAGCAGCAGACUCGGUGCGGCUGAUGAAUGGAUCCAGUCGUUGUUCAGGCAGACUGCAGGUGAAGACUAACCCGUCUGACCAGGCCUGGUCCUCAGUGUGUGAAGCAGACCUAGACCUGCAGGAUGCACAGGUGGUGUGUCGGGAGCUGGGCUGUGGGGCUCCUUCAGUCCUGCAGGAGGUGCUCUAUGGAGACGUGCAGACUCCCAGGUGGAGCCCAGAGUUCCAGUGUGGAGGCCAUGAGUCUGCUCUGCUGGACUGUAGAAGCUCAGGCUCAGCUAGAAGCAGCUGCUCACCUGGUAAAGCUGCUGGACUCACCUGCUCAGGUGAUGAGUUCAAGUUGGUGGGAGGAGCCCGUCGCUGUGCAGGAAGUCUGGAGCUGAAAGUUCUUGGUGAACAGAGACCUCUGGGGGACGGUGACUUCACCAUGAAGACAGCAGCUCUUAUCUGUGAACAUCUGCACUGUGGCUCUGUUGUUUCUGUACAACCAACUGCUGUGUCAGUUCAAUCUAUGUGGAGAAUCGACUCAGACUGUGUUCAAUCUGGAUCUGAUCUUUGGAGCUGUGUUAAAUCAUGGAGCUCCUCUCUCACCCUGAAACUCACCUGCUCAGCCAGACUCUCCUCACUCCUGUGUGUCGUCAUGUCUCUGCAGGCCAGCAGGGGGCAGACCGGCAGACCGGCAGACCGGGCGGACGCUGAGCGGAGUGCAGUGGAGGGAUGAAGUCGGUCCUCUGAACCUUCCUGCUGUGAAGACCAGAUGGUUUUUAUGAGCUUCUUACAGCAAUGAUGAAUCUCAUCACGUUCCCACAGACAGUGGAACAAGGUUCCUUUUCGUUUUGUGGACCAUGGUGAAAAAAAGAGCCUUGUUUUGCCGUAUACUGGACCACG